AUGCUCAUAGCCUACCGUGUCCCGUUCAAGGCUGGCACAGGCGUCAUUGUCGACGACAACCUCUCGCUCUCGGACAGCGAGCCUGGCCAGGUGGUCUUUGGCGACGUCAACGAGGACGGCCGCAACGACAUUGUCGCGGUCGACGACGCGGGGCGUAUCUUGAUAUAUCUUCGCCUCGAAGGUGCCGGCUAUCGCCCGCCGCGGGUGGCAAGUAUUGGGUCAUACAACACGGCGUCGCGGAUCGGCUUCGCGCUCCGCAACGGUGCCCCUGUAAUUGUCUUUGUCGACAGCAACAACAACAAUCGGGUCUCGCUCAUGCAGUCCUUGUUUGAGUCUACAACCAUACAAUCGGUGAUGAUGCCGACAGGCUCGGUGAAGGCCCUGGACUGGGGCCUGGUCACAGGCGACUCGCUCCUCGACUUUGUCGUUGUCGACAAUGACGGCAUCAAGUUUGUUCCCAGCACUUCUGUCUACACGUUCAGUCCGCCAGUCCUGGCCCUGGCUACCACUGAUGUUGUUGAUGUUGUGUUUGCUGAUGUCGACGAUGAUGCUGACUUGGACAUCAUUGCCGCUGGCAAGUCAAGCAAGAAAGUGAUCUGGUUUCCCAACUCGGGCUCCGAGCCCGCGUUCUCCGAGCCUAGCUUGUCUUUCGACUUGGCCAACCUUGCCAGUACUCCGACCUGGUUGUGA